AUGCCUCACAGCUCGGACAGCAGCGACUCCAGCUUCAGCCGCUCUCCUCCCCCGGGCAAGCAGGACUCAUCUGAUGAUGUGAGAAAAGUUCAGAGAAGGGAGAAAAAUCGCAUUGCUGCCCAGAAGAGCCGACAGAGGCAGACACAGAAGGCUGACACCUUGCACUUGGAGAGUGAAGACCUGGAGAAACAGAACGCAGCUCUGCGCAAGGAGAUCAAGCAGCUCACGGAAGAGAUGAAGUAUUUCACGUCGGUGCUAAGCAGCCAUGAGCCCCUGUGCUCGGUGCUGGCGGCCAGCACGCCCUCGCCCCCCGACGUGGUAUACAGCGCCCAUGCCUUCCACCAGCCUCACGUCAGCUCGCCUCGCUUCCAGCCCUGAGCUCUGAGAGGCGGUGGGGGGCGGACGGAGCCCCCAGCCGCCCUGGCCGGCCUCGGGAGGGGCACACAGACUGUGGCCAGGCCGCCCUCGCCCCUCAGGGCCCUCUCUCCCUCCGGAGACCCAGAGGCAGAGGCCCGGACAAGGAUCGAGCGCAG